GGUCUCCUAUCUCCCACUUCGCCCCAACGUUAUUUGGACUGUCAGCGAGGGCUACCGGCUAGGCUGGAUUGCGAAGAGCAGAAGCAUCUGGAAGCAUCUUUGAUCUCCCGGAGCCUGGUGCGACUAGGACGCCGAUUUCGGCGCUUCAAAGGCGGCGUGCGCCAUAGGGAAAAGUGGGGUGAGGACAGAGCCCAAGCAGCCUAAGGAGAGGAAGCUCCUCGUCUGGGAGGAAGCUGAGGCCGGAGUAUAAAAGUGCAGCGAAUGCCAAGGGAGGAGAUUGCCUCUCUCCCGCUGCUUGGCCCUCGAGCGAAUUCCCAGUGAGAUUUAAAUGCCUUUGAAUACUACUGUAGGUAUGGAGAAGAUUGAAGAACAUUUUGCAAAGUUGUCCGUCGCUAGACGUUCUGCAGCGACUAAAGAGCCCACUUACCUCCUCGACAUAGACACUUCAAAAAAUGUACAGGAAGAAAGUGGAUGCAUAGUUGCUGUUUCAUGUUCCAAUGGAUCAAUUAGACUAUAUAACAAAGAAACAUUAAGUUUACUAAGGGAGUUGAAUAAACAGCCUGGAUUCUUUAAUGGAGUGAAAUUUUCACAUUCCAAUCCCCAUGUAUUUUCAGCAUGUACAGAUGGCACUGUAAAAUGUUGGGAUAUGCGUUUAUCUGGCAAAACACCCGUACAGAUGUUCAAGGGUUAUCCUUCCAAUGUUCUCAUCAGUUUUGAUAUUAAUUGUAAUGAUCAUAUAAUUUGUGCUGGCACUGAAAAAUUUGGUGAGGAUGCUGUGAUGAUAUUUUGGGAUGGAAGAAUGAGUUCUCAAAGUACAGGCCCUUUUAGACCACCAUUGGGUGUUUAUUCAGAAACACACAGUGAUGAUAUAACCAAGGUACGUUUUCAUCCUACUGACCCUAAUAUACUACUCUCAGGAUCAACUGAUGGGCUUAUGAAUGUUUUUGAUAUAAGCAUUGACAACGAAGAUGAAGCUCUGAUUGCAACUUGUAACUCUGGUUCAUCAGUAAGUUAUGUUGGUUGGGCUGGGAAGAAAUACAAAGAGGUUUAUUGUUUGACACAUGAUGAAGGAUUUUGUUGGUGGGAUCUUACCAAUUUAGAUAGUGAUCAACCAAUUCCAUGCUUGAAAAUCCCGGAUGUCAGAAGAAUGAUUAAAGUACAAAAUGGAAAUCUGGAUUAUAUGAUUGGUGGCAUAUACCAUGAAAAAGCAGACCAAUUGUUGGUUGUUGGGGGUUCAAACACAGGAACCAUUCACUUUAUAACUAGUGGGCUUUCAGGAUUGAAAUACAUGAAAAGCCUUGAGGGAGGGCAUUCUGCUAUUGUUCGUUCUUUUAGUUGGAAUACGCAGGAUGAUUCUUUACUGACUGGUGGAGAGGAUGCACAACUGUUACUUUGGAAACCUGGAGCUACCGAAAGGAGCCUUGCAAAGAAGGAUAGGAUGAAAAUAGCUUCCUCUCUGCAUAAACGUGUUAAAGUUCACAGUCAUGAUUCUUACAAAAGCAAGAAAAAGUAUAUUUAAAUUACUUGCUAUCUUGGUGGGUCUUAUUUCAAUUAAUGAACUAUUUUUGCAUGUGCUAUUCCUACUAUAUAUUACAACCUUUAUGCAGAAAUGGACCAAUUUGUAAAUAUGCUUUUUGAAGUAAAGAGAAAGCAGAUUGAGGUAGAGUGAGGUAGAGCUUGAAAUGUCAUAUAAAGAAACACUUUCUGAAUUCAAAAGACCAGUCUGAAUUCCAUUAAAAUAAAAUUUAAACUUAAAAGCAAGCCUAUUCUUGAAUUAAUAAAAACUAAUGAAACUUUG